GUAGGCUAUGGCGUUCCGGUUGAUAUGCAAGCGUAACCCUCGGCAGCAUCAUUAAGGAUUAAUCUGCUGUGAUACAACGUUCGAAAUUAAGUUUCAGCAUAACACUAUAUAUAUGCAUUAAUAACAAACACUCGAUUGAUUGUUGGCAGGAAUUUAGACAGUAUUUUUUCGUUCAUUGUCUUUUAUUUACGACAAUAAUACAAUAUUACGUUUCUAUGAAGUGAGACUAUAUCUCUAUAUUGUUAUGGAACUAAAAUGAAGUUGAAAAAAUGAACGAGUUUCCUUCCGGAGAUGAUAAGAUUAGUAAAAGAAGUGGGCAUGUACAGAGUCCUUCGAAAUAAAACAGUUUGGAUGUGACUACAAUGAGAAUAUAACGUGUCUUUGCGAUGGUACCAUAAGCAUCUCACCGUGGAAACGAAAUGUUCUUAAAUAACGAAUGUGCUACGGCUUGUACUCGGUGGAGACCUAUGAAUUUAAGCAAGAAGUAUCUCAAUCCGGUAUCAUGAAUAUUGGGGCUGAAAAUAUGAGAACGAAUUGAGGACAAUGCGGUAGAUUUAAGAGUUAUAAAUUGGAACUGCUUCUCAUUAGCAUAUAUUGCAGAUGGAGCCUCAACAACUCUUGAAAUUCCAGCCUGAUCCAUCAUCUGGUAUUUAUAACAAGAAUGAAAAGAAAGCUGCAUCUUUCCGACGAUGGCUGUUAUGGAUACCUAUAGUUAUAUUUGCAUCUUUUCUUUAUAUCUUUGAUAUCGGAGGAGAAAUGCAUUAUCGCUUUCCACUGCCAAGCAAUAUAACAGCCAUUACUGUUAAACCAGUUCACAGUGUGAGGUCUGGAUUUGUAGUGGACACAACUGGAUGUAGGAUUCCAGAUCUGGAUCCAUAUGAUCCAGUUAUUCAUGAGUUCAUAAAAAAGGAAAAGCCACUGAAUUGCCAUGAGAAACAUCCUCUACUUGUUAAUGCUAAUCUUACAUCUCUGUUCAUCAUGAAGUCUGCAUUGCCAUUCUUCAAUAUUAGUGAUGAGGACCAGCUGAACUGCUGCUACCAACCAUUCUGGAGAUCCAAGACACACAGUGGAGAUGACAACUUUGACAGCAAAAUAACGUUUGCUGAUAACUGUACCUCAUUUAAGAAUGAUGUUUCUGUAGAAGAGGAGUUUGUGAAAGUUAUGUGCAGUGUGGAUAACCAAGUUGUAUAUAAAAACUAUCACGCUUUUAUUCCUAUAAAACUAGAAGUAGAGAAACUCUGCCAAGAGAGUAGAAAAAAUAAGCCUAGUCAAAAUACAGAACAUCUUAGCGUACUAGUACUUGGAAUGGAUGCUGUAUCCCGCUUAAAUUUCCACCGACAGAUGCCGAAAACAGAGAGCCUCUUACGUAAAAUUCAUGCUAUUGAACUCUUUGGAUACAACAAAGUAGCUGAUAACACAUUUCCAAACCUCAUUCCAAUUCUUUCUGGUCUCUCAGAAAAGGAAUUACAACAUACGUGUUGGCCAAAAUUGACUUCAGUAUUUGACAGAUGCAACUGGAUUUGGAAGAACUUUAGUGCAGCAGGAUAUCGAACAGCAUUUGGAGAAGAUGCUGCAUGGAUGGGAUUAUUUAGUUAUGUGAAACGUGGAUUUAAGGAACAGCCAACUGAUUAUUAUGUAAGGCCAUUCAUAAAAACAGCUGAAGAUGAUAUUGGACACAAAACUCAACUAAAUGCAAAAUUAUGUAUAGGGUCAAAAAUGUCUGUUGCAGUGCUCCUUGAUUAUGUAUCAAACUUUGCAAUCACAAUGUCAUCUAAAGAUACAUUUGCAUUCUUCUGGGGCACGAGUCUUACACACGAUUUCCUUAAUUAUCCAAGUUUGGGCGAUGAUCUUCAUGAAAGAUUUUUAAAUCAGCUAUUACAUACUGGUUCCCUAAAUCACACAGUGUUUAUCUUUAUGAGUGACCAUGGAAUACGAUGGGGAGGAAUUCGUGAGACUUACCAAGGACGUUUAGAGGAGAGACUACCAUUUGUGUUCUUUGUGUUUCCUGAGUGGUUCAAAAAUCUGUAUCCCACUGCUAUUGCUAACUUACAUAAAAAUGCUCAUCGUCUUACUACUCCCUUUGAUAUUUAUGAAACACUACUAGAUAUCCUAAGCUUUAAACAAAUUGAGAAGGAAUCAAUACGAAAACGUAGUACAGAACUGGACAAAGGCAAAUCAAAACCUAGACAAAUCAGUUUAUUCCUCCCAGUGCAUAAGUCUCGAACUUGCAAUGAAGCUGGUAUAGACCCACACUGGUGUACAUGUCACAAGAGCAAGCCUCUGCCACUGACAGAUGCCAAAAUAAAAAAUAUGUCACUGAUACUAGUUGAACAUCUAAAUUCUCUUCUGAAGCCAUAUGGAGUGUGUUCACAACUUCAUCUUGCAGAGGUGAAAAGUGCAACUGUCGAAUAUCCUUUGGAACAUCUGUAUGAAAAAACAAAAGAUCAGGGAUUGAAAGAUUACGUGCUUGUGGUACGAACUACACCAGGAGAUGCACUGUUUGAAGCUACAGUUCGUCACCACAUAGGAAACAGCAGUGUACAAGUCGUUGGUGCUGUUAGCCGAAUAAAUACAUAUGGCAGUCAAAGUUCUUGUGUAACAGACUUCCAUAUGAAACUUUAUUGUUACUGUAAAUCUUAUUUUAGAACAAGAACUAAACUGUGAUGAAGGCCGCGCCAUAGCUCAAGCGGUUAGUCACUGGCUUCCCACCACGGCAACCCAGGUUCCAUCCCAGGUC